GUAAAGUUCCAUUUGCACACGUCUCGAAAGGGGCGGGGAAAGCGUCGCGUGCUCUUUAGUGCUACUAAACCAAGCUACAGUGACAGUGUUGGGGAAGCGAAAGCAGAUUUUGCGAAUUUUAACGACAUGGAUAAAUUAUUUGAAUUCAUUGACAAGAACCAGGACAAGUAUGUCCAGAGACUGAAGGAUGUGGUCGCCAUUCAAAGUGUUUCCGCCUGGCCCGAGAAACGAGGGGAGAUCCGCAAAAUGGUGGAAUGGACAAAAACUGAGCUAGAGAAACUUGGUGCCAAGUGUGAGUUGGAGGAACUUGGCGACCAGACCCUGCCUGACGGCUCAAAGAUCCCGCUCCCCCCUGUCCUACUGGGGCAACUUGGUGAAGAUCCUGCCAAGAAAACUAUCCUGGUGUACGGCCAUCUUGAUGUCCAACCUGCAGAGAAGGAAGAUGGGUGGGACACAGAGCCCUUCGUCCUCACCGAGAAGGAUGGCAAGCUGUACGGCAGGGGAUCGACUGACGACAAGGGCCCCGUGCUGGACUGGCUCAACUGUAUCGAGGCCAUGCAGGAGCUCAAGAUGGAGGUCCCGGUCAACAUGAAGUUCUGUUUUGAGGGGAUGGAAGAGUCUGGUUCCGAGGGUUUGGACGAGCUCGUCUUCUCGAAGAAGGAUACAUUCCUCAAGGGCACCGACUACGUGUGUAUCUCGGACAACUACUGGCUGGGGAAGACGAGGCCGUGCAUCACAUACGGUCUCAGAGGUAUCUGUUAUUUCUUCCUGGAGGUGGAGUGUGCGUCCAAGGAUCUCCAUUCUGGUGUCUUCGGAGGAACAGUACACGAGGCCAUGGUGGACCUGGUCAAACUCCUGGGGACGCUGGUCAACAACAAGGGCGAGAUCCUCAUCCCCGGGAUCAACGAGGGCGUGGCCCCGGUCACGGACGAGGAGAGGCAGCUGUAUGAACCAAUCGACUUUGAUCAGGAAGACUACAGGAAGGACAUUGGCGCCCCCAAGUUGAUUCACGCCAAGAAGGACCAAGUGCUCAUGGCCAGAUGGCGCUUCCCUUCCCUCUCCGUACAUGGUGUGGAGGGAGCAUUCAGUGCAACAGGAGCUAAGACUGUCAUUCCGAAGAAGGUCAUCGGAAAGUUCUCCGUCCGUAUUGUGCCCAACCUGGAGCCCGAGCAGGUGGAGAAGCUGGUCGUAGCUCACCUGGAGAAGGCCCACAAGGAGAGCGGCAGCCCCAACACCAUGAAAGUGUCCAUGGGCCAUGGCGGCAGAUACUGGCUCAGCGACUUCAGCCAUCCCCACUACAUGGCCGGCAGGAAGGCCAUGACCAAGGUGUUUGGCGUCGAACCUGACAUGACUCGUGAAGGAGGUAGCAUUCCUGUGACCUUGACCUUCCAAGAAGCGACCGGCAAGAAUGUGAUGUUGUUGCCGAUCGGUGCGUGUGAUGAUGGAGCUCACUCCCAGAACGAGAAGAUUGACAGACGGAACUACAUCAACGGGGUGAAAGUUCUUGGAGCCUACAUGGACGAAGUGUCCAAACUGAAGUGAUGAAACACUGGACUGCUACAACAUCUUGGGGAUCAGCAUUACAGGGAGGGUGGGGGUCGGGGGUAGGCUGACGAACAUUGGGAGCCCUAGCAAUUUGAUUCAAGUUGUUGAAACACCACUUUGCUUUUCCAGAGGGUCAGUUACUGGGUAUAUCAAUAUAACAGUUAAUGAUUUUCGCAAUUACAUAAAGGCAAUGCUAUCAUCUCGACCUGGCAUGAAAAUGAUCAACAGUCUGUGGAGCAUCAUUCUAUAAUUCUAACAAUGUGGUACUGGUCAUGAUCUCUAGUAUUGGCACCAGAAGGACGUGGGCGAUCUCAGUGCUGAUACAUCAACAUCAGCUACAUCAACAUCAGCGAUGCCAACAUCAGCUACAUCAACAUCAGCUACAUCAACAUCAGCGAGGCCAACAUCAGCUACAUCAAC